UAGCCAUUUGCCCUCUCUCAUCUCCUGCACCGUUUGUAAAUAGAGCGGAGAGAUCCCAGCUCUGUAAACUCGGCUGCUGCAUUUGCUUCCAAUUACAAAGUAGCGUUCUGUUGCUUUCAAUUGAUGGAUGGCCUUACUGCAACAAACGGCAUAUGUACAUCACAUUCCAAAGACCUUCGGGAGAUCAACACUUUAGAGCAUCGGCUUUAUUUUACGCAGUGAGGAAUUUUGCAUGUCUUAUAACUGAUUAGUUGUAACCUGUACCGUAUUUGGCUGUUCAGGUUUGUAGCAACUAAAGAAAACGCUCUUAUUCAAUAGCUGUAAUUAGGAAAUAACAAGACACACAACCACAACCAAACCGGACUGUGCAAUGAUGACGGUGGGGCUUUUUUUAUAUUAGUGAAAAUAUCUUGGCGGUUGCAGUACACGGUUGGAUUACUAUACUUUUUGUUUUGCCUUGAAAUGGGAGCAUUAACAAGCAGGCAGAAUGCUGGAGUCGAGGAGCUCGACAUUCCUUCUAAUUCGGUCUACAGAUAUCCUCCAAAAUCCGGCAGCUACUUCGCCAGCCACUUCAUCAUGGGCGGGGAGAAGUUUGACUCCACCAAUCCGGAAGGCUACCUCUUUGGAGAGAACACAGACCUCAACUUCCUGGGACACAGGCCUGUAGCAUUCCCGUACGCUGCCCCACCCCCUCAAGAACCAGUGAAGACACUCCGCAGCCUGAUCAACAUUCGUAAAGACACGCUGCGCCUCGUCAGGUGCAGUGAGGAUGUGAAGGCUCCCCGGGAGGAGGUGGGGAAGGGGCGGCUCUGCUACAACGUGGAGUUCACCUUCGAUGCUGAUGCACAGGUGGCCAUUACCAUCUACUACCAGGCCAUCGAAGAGCUCCAGAACGGAGUCCCAACGUACAUCCCUCAGGACAAUGCCGUUCAGUCAGAGACGGUGCACUUCAAACGAGGCGUGUGUCAGCAGUUCUGUCUGCCCUCUCACACUCUGAACCUGUCGGAGUGGAGCGAGGAGGAGCUGAUGUUCGACAUGGACAAGGAUGUGUACCCCAUGGUAGUGCAGGCCGUGGUGGAUGAGGGUGAAGAGCACGUAGGUCAUUCCCAUGUGUUGCUGGCCACGUUUGAGAAGCACAUGGACGGGAGCUUCUGUGUGAAGCCAUUGAAACAGAAGCAAGCGGUGGAUGGAGUCAGCUACCUCCUUCAAGAGAUCUACGGCAUUGAGAACAAGUACAACACUCAGGAAUCCAAGGUGGCGGACGAUGAGAUCAGUGAUAACAGUGCCGAGUGUGUAGUGUGCCUGUCGGACGUGCGGGACACACUCAUCCUGCCCUGCCGACACCUCUGCCUCUGCAACACCUGCGCGGACACUCUGCGCUACCAGGCAAACUGCUGCCCCAUCUGCCGACUGCCAUUCCGUGCCCUGCUGCAGAUCCGUGCCAUGCGGAAGAAGACGAGCCCACUGUCUCCAUCGGGGUUUAACCCCAUCAUCGCCUCGCACAACUCCGACUCGGAGGAGCACUCGGCCUCAGAGCACAUCCCUCCUGGGUACGAGGCAGUGUCCUUGCUGGAGGCUCUGAAUGGCCCCCUGUCCCCCUCUCUCUCCGCCCCUCCUCUGCACAGCCUGGCGGACGGGCACGUCUCAGGGGCCCUGCCCUCCUACACUAGCGAGGGCCACGGCCUGCCAGCCCAUUCCCUCUCCCCCCAUGACAGCCAGGACCUCAAGAUGAAGAAGGGCAACAGGUCCAUAUCCCAGAAUUCCUCAGUCCCGCCUGAAGAUGACGACGAGAAGUCCUGCAGUGAAUCAGAGAUGAGGGCAUGUCGCAGGAAGAUCCUAGAUGACCAACCAGAGGAUUGUGGAGUCACUCCUGAGAGUGAGAACCUCACCCUGUCCUCCUCGGGAGCCAUCGACCAAUCCUGUUGCACUGGCACCCCUCUCUCCUCCACCAUCACCUCCCCGGAAGAGCCUGUGAGCAGCAGCCUGGCUCAGUCCGUGAUGUCCAUGGCCUCCUCUCGGAGCCGGCAGUCUCAGCUCAGCACCGACACCAUCUCCUCCAUGUCAGGAUCCUACAUGGCUGGGGGGGCUGAUGGGGAGGGGGAACCCCCUGACACCCCCGUGGAGAGCCAGGGCCCCUCGCAGGAGGGAACGGAAACUCCUUUGGAGACUCAGGAAACCAACUUCAUAGCAAUCGAUGCUGAGGAACAGGACUCUGAGGGAAAUGAUGUCACUGAAGAGGAGUGUCCAUCGCCCACUCAGGAGGAGGAGCCCGGGUCCUGGGAGGAAUACAGGUCUGGAGAAGGGUGCCUGCAGGCUUGCAUCUCCGCGAACAAUAUCGACCUGGAGGAGGAGAGGGAGGGCCACCCACAGCCCCGACACUGCGGACCCCUGGCUGUCUGACACCAGCACCUAGAAACCCACCCGCUUCGCUGCACUCGCAAGAUCCCAAGAUAUCACACCUUUCUAAAUGCUGCUGACCCAUGCAGGGUGGAACUUUCAGUUGUCCAGGCCUGGAAACUCCUGUUCAAGUCUUUGCUGUAAUAUUGGAUAUCUGGGUCUAAAAUUUGGAGUGGGUUUGGACAUUGUCUUUGUUGUCUUCUUUUUCCGCAACAUGCUUUCCCCCCCUUUUUCUUUUUUUCCUCUACCCUUAUAAAAACAAUCCUGGCUGAUAUUCAAGACAUCUACAGCUGUGUUUGUGGGGCUGCUCCCUGGAACCACUGUUUUGAUGCAAGAUAAAUGCUAAAGGAUUGAAAACCAGGGAUGCUAGGUAGGGCGACCAUAUGCCUCCAGUUUCACUUUAUGCUUUCAAACUCACAUUGCCAUGCAUUCUGGCAAGUGCUUCCCUUAAAGAAUAGAGAGGUACAGGAUACCAGAAUGCAUCGAGAUGGAGGUUAAAAAAACCUGAGUUGUCCCAAACUGUCCUGGUGAACAUGGAGCCCCAUCUGGUUACCAUUUUGCCAGGUUUCCUUUUAAAAUUUCUGAUAAAAACUAAAAAAUCAAUUUGAAAUCUGCAGUUAACUGGAUAUCUAAAAAAUUAAAUAGUGAAAACGCAAUUUCUGGCUCAUUCUGUAGCGUUUAAUAAUACGCAGAGGCCUAGACUGAAAGCUUUUUUUUUUCCUCUUCAGUUGCAUCGUUUAUUCUGAACUAAAAAAAAAAAAAACAGUUGUUUUAGAAUUGCAAUUUAUUGUUUUGUUUUUCACAAAAGAAAAUAGUUUUAAUAAUAAAAAGCAAAAGGCUUUGAGAAUUUGCUUACAGUUUUCUUUCAGACUUCAAGCUAGUUUUGAAAGCAGCUGACAGACUAGCAGUUUGCCCUGCUUAGCGGAUUCUGAGCAUCCCUGGGAACGUUUUUCAAAUCCUGCACCAGGAUUAUUAUCACUGCCAAGUUUGGUGUGCUCUACCCUAGUUUUAUAACCUUGAUGAAGAGUAUUGGCUCCUUUCCUUUUUUUUAAUACCCCUUUUUCUGAUGUUUUCAGUUCUUCUGAGGGGUUCUUAUUACAAUUGCACACAUACUGUAAGGUGCUUUCACUUGAGCUCAGGAGCUGCUCUUCAGUUCUAGUUGUCAUAGAUGCAUGUAAUAUUGGCUGGAUUAAAUGUCUAUAGAAGAGCUAUCACCAUUUCAUGAUGUGUAACCUUUAAACUCUGGCAAUGUGCUGUUUUGCACUGGUUACUAAUAUAAACACUUUGGCUUAAAAACGAAGAAACAUUUAUUGGAAACAUCAUAAAAAGGUAAGGGAACAGUAAAAAAAAAAAAAAAAAAAAAGUGAUUUAAGUUAUUGCCUCCAAGUACUCCUUUAAUGGACUGCCUAUGUUGAAGUAGUGACCAUGUGGUUAGCAGCAGUGUAUCCAACAGGCUUAAGCAGUGUUUAUAAAGUUAAUGGAUUCAACAAUGUAAAGGCACAGGACUGCAAUGCAAGUCUUGAUCUCAUUGCCUCAACACAGCAAUGUGACCUGGCAGUGCUGCUUGUCUUUCAACAGACAGCCUACGGAGCCCAUUCAUCUCUCUGGAUAGUAGUCCACCCGACACACCACUCUCUCGUAACCCUUUAAGCUCUGUGUAGACCAUACAAGACUGUCGGUACUGUGGGAGGUGUUUCCAGUAGAACACAUUGAGUGUUACACUUGUCUUUGCUGCAAUCCUGCCGACUUCAGUUACUUUGUAAAGUGUCCAGCGCCCUGAAAUCCCGUUUUCACACAUACUAUAACUUACUCCUUAUUGCAGUCCUUCCACACUACCCGGUGCUUUUUCUGGUUCUACUUUCUGUCUGUUAAAUUUUGUUUUUUAAAUCAGUAGUGAGUUGGUUCAGCUUCACUUUGCUAAAGCAAUAAGUCUCCUAUGAUAUUUAAGUGUAUGUGCUUACCUGUCUAAUGACAGUGCCUCCAACCAAGACUGAGAACACAAAUAUUUAUCACCCAAUUUUCUAUAGUCAUGCAUGUGGGAUUACCAGAAUUGCUGAUCAAUCAGAAGCCUGUCACAGAGAUUAUGCAUGAUGAAACCUUAUAGGAAUUCCAUACUCUAUAGUCUCAGUCACUUGAGUAAAGCAACUCCACAAUUGAAAUAGUAUAUCAGAAAGUUGCAUGUUGUGUUUUUUUUUUUUUUAUGCAUUCACAUUUUGAAGCUGGAAAAGGCUCUGUAUGCAAGGAGGAGAAGGUAUGACCAUACGGUUAGAGCUCGUGGUUGGAGUUUUGGACUCUAGUUGGUCUUAAUUGUGACAGCUACAUUCUUUAACACAGUCAGAAAGCAGUUAGAGUAGCCCCUUGUUGCACCUACACCUUUCAUCCAGCUGGUGUUCCAUUUAAAGUGAGGCAACUACUUCCUGUAAAAAGCAUAUAUAGGAAUGGGCAAAAGAUGGUGUCCUUCUUUACUCCAUUUUAGAAGGAAUAAUAAACAGGGAUUUCAAAUCUAUUUUUCUUUUUCUAUUUGAGUAUGCAAUCAUUCUGUUAUUUGCUUGUAUUUUUUUUUUGUAUGAAUCAAAUAAUAUCCUUCCUGGAACAUAAUCUGUUCUGUGCUGCCAGUCCAUGUUCAUGGUGCAAAAAAAUGUUAAGAAUGAGCCAGACAAUAAAUUUUAUCCAGGAGCUAGGAUUGAAGAUCUGAAUCAUGGACUCAUUUUAGAAUUGUCACAUAAACGUGAAAGAAACGUGUUUUUUGUUUUUUUUAAACAUUGGUUAUUAGUCUUUAAAUAUUAGAUUUCUGGGUCCUACUCAUAAAACUAUGGACUGUUUGAGGAAUGUUCUGCCAAGGACUGUUUUUAAGGUCUAUUUUUUCAACUGUUAGAGUUAAUUCUCAUUUUUUGUUUAACCUAAAAUCUCUUAAACAUUCCUUAAAACAGCAUUUAAAGGUUUACAAAUUGAGCCAUCUGUGUAAGCCAGCAAGAAACUGUGCUGGUUCCAUAUACCAGCUAGGAGAGUGUUCAGUAAGAAACCAGCUGGGAUUCAGCAAUACAGCCUCCUAGCUCCUGGUCUUGAACUCUAACCACUAGGCUCCAAAGUAUAAUUCCAGUAAAAACUUUUCCAUUUUGUGGCCAAACAGUUCAUCUCUGAUCUAAAGAUGUAGCAAAUCUGCUUGAGUUAUAAUAAUUUAAAACAGUUUAUCUGUCUCCUCUGAGCAAUGAAAUGCUGGUGUUUCACCCCGUCUGUCUAAGAGCUUCUCAUACCUGGUGGCAUUACUCUUCUCAUUAGCUACCUGCCGUGAUUAUCUGCAAAACCAUUAGGUAAGAUACAUCUGUGGGCAUUGGUGAUCUGUGUGUGUGGCAUCAAUGUUUUAAUCUUUAUUGUUUGGUAAUAUAAACAUAUGAAACUAUAAACAAACAAACAAAAAAAAAAGGUUGAUGCACUACUAGUUAGUCUCACAAAAACACAGGGUGCAUGUGUGAGGUCUUUAAUAAAGUAGGGAGCACCGUAGUAUAGCUGAGACCCGGUCCUGUCAAUACCUCUGUAAUGUUCUUGUGUACAUUUGCACUAAGUUGUAUCUCUUUUAAGGACAACUUUUAUGGAAUUCCGGUAUAUGAAAUCAAUAAAUACAAACUUUUUAAAACUCA